AUGUUUAAAUCUUCUAUGAUAGAGAAAGAAAAGGAUCUAAAAUGUGCUAAUAAACACAAAUUACCUAUUCUUAUGGUUGUUCUUGAUCCAAAAUUAGAAUUAAAUUAACGACUUUUAUGUUAAGAUUGUAUCAAGAACUUUACUACUCAAUUUUCAACAAUGGGAUAUGAAUUAGUCACAAAAUAAAUUAAGAAAAAUUAAAAGUAGAAAGUAUAAACAAUAGAAAAGACUAUUUAAUUAAAUAUAAAGUAAGUUGAAGAAUUAUUAGGAAAUAUUAAUAAAUUAAAGUCAACUAUAGAGUUUUAAUUAGAUGAAAUAAUUGGAUAUAGUGGAGGAUGGAUUAAAAAUUUAUUAUCUAUAGGACAUGAGUAUUCUUAAUACAGUUUUCAUAAAGAAUUAGAAAAUUUAAUUUCUUAAUAAUUAGAAAAUUCAAUUGAUAAAUCUUUAUUAAUUAAUGAAAUCAACAAAGUAAAUAGUUUUUGGAAUGUAAAAAUAAAUGAAAAAUUAGAAUAAUUUAGUUCAUUUAAAGUAUAUUAAAAAUGUUAGGAAAUACUUUAGAACUUAAAUUAAACAAUACAAAUUAAAUAAGAAGAGAAUUAAUAAUAAAAAGUAUCUUAAUAAAAUAAUUAAUAAUCUUAAUUAGAAUAAUUGAAUUCUAAUUAAUUAGUAUCAGAAAGUUAGAUUAAUCUAUAAUUAAUAGAUGAUAAUAUAAAAUAAAAAAGUAAAUGUUAUGCAAUAGCUUUCAAUAAAGAUGGAACUUAAAUGGUAUCAAUGUCUCAUUCUGAUAUCAAAGUAUGGAAUAUGAUUGAUGGAAAACUCAACUAUUAAUUAAAUUUAUAAGGACAUACUAAUUACAUUUAUUGUUUACUAUAUAGUAAAAAAUAGGAUAGUUUUAUUUCAAGUUCAAAUGAUAAAUCAAUUAUUUGUUGGAAAUAAAUUAAAUAAAAUGAAUGGAAAGCAUCAUAACAUUAUAAAGAACAUAAAGGAUGGAUUGGAACAAUGAUUAUUAAUAACUAAGAAAAUCAAUUAUAUUCAGCAGGAGAAGAUUAAAAAAUAAUUGUUUGGAAAGUAGAUUUUAAUUAAAAUGAAUUAAUAUAUCUGUAUUAACUAGAUAAACAUACUAAAUGUAUUCGUGCUAUGAGUUUGAAUGAAUAUGAGAAUAUAUUAGUAUCAAGUGGAGAUGAUUAAUAAAUAAUAGUAUGGGAAUAUGGAUAAGGAGAUAAAUUUUAUUUUAAGUAAGUAUUUAAUUAAAUUUUGAAUUGUUCAGGUUAUCACAUUAAAUUUAUCAAAAAUAAUAAAUUUAUAUGGAUACCUUAUAGUAAAGAUUUAAAUUGCAUUUGUAUAUUUGAUUUCAAAGAUGGUAUAUUUAAUGAAGAUAUUGAUAAUAGAAUUUAAUUACUUAAUUCUAAUAAGAAUCUUGGAUGUGCUUUAUUCCCAAUAGUUUAUUUGAAAGACAAAAAUAUAUUAUUUAUUAGAUCUAAAAAUAUUAUAUAUAUAAUUAAGGAAAUCAAUGGUAAGCUCAUCAUCUAAAAUGAAUUAAAUUGCAAUACAAAAUGGAUCUUUGGAACUAUUACAGAUGAUGGAAAAUAUUUAUUAUUUUGGGAUGAUCAUAAAGGAGGAUAUUCAUCAUAUGAAUUAUAAUAUAAAUGA